AUUAAAUUGCCAAUAAAAAAAUCGGCAGCAAAUAAGGGUCCAACUGUGCCAGUUAUUUCCACAGUGUCGUCGCUUGCCAGCGGUGAAACAGAGACGAUGAUCGGUAGCGUUACUGUACGUCGUUCUCGUGGUCAACGUUCACGAAAGGUAGAUUCGCCUCCUCCGGCACCACCAGUUACAACUCAACAACAGCAUUCAACAACAACGACCAACAACAUAGUAGUACGUAGUGGACGUGUACGUAAACCUGUUGAUUAUGCAAGAUCACCUUCUCCACCAAAGUUACCACCACCACCUCCGCAGCCAGAUCCACCUGUUAGCAGCAGCAAACGUGGUACACAAACAGCAGUGAUACAACCGGAAAAAAUCAUAACACAAACUGAAACAAAAAUUGUUACGGUACCGCCAUUACCGCCAAAAGUGCGUAACGCUCAAACAAGUUGUCGACCACAAACAUGUACUGUUGGCUUUCAAACUGAACCAACUGUAACAACAACAGCAACACAAACGGGUAAAGAUUAUUCUAAGAAGGUUUUAAUACCAAUACCAGUGCCGAUUUAUGUUCCACAACCGAUGUAUAUGUACUCGGCACCAUUUCCAGUGCCAGUACCUAUACCUCUACCAAUACCUGUGCCUAUAUUUAUUCCAACAACUAGAAAUUCAGCACAAGGUAUACUUAAGGAGAUCAAGAAAAUACAAGAUAAAAUGCCAGCUGAUCCAUUCGAAGCAGAACUACUAAUGAUGGCUGAAAUGGUUGCUGAAGAGAAACGUGAAUCGGACUCCGACUCGGAAGAUGAGAUAAAACCGGAUCCUGGUGUAGUGUCGCUGGAAUACGAUAACAAUUUACAACAAGAGGAAGUUGGAAAUAACUCGUAUGGUGAAGAUGUCUUACAAAUGGCUAUAAAAAUGGCAAGUGGUGAAUAUGAUCAGUCUAGUGUGGAUCUUGAAUCAGCAAUGACAGCAAAUACAAUUACAAAUCCGCCACCUGGUUUGGUGCCUAGUGAUGAUGGCAUGUCACAUAUGAACGCUCAUCAGUUACAACAUCCACAUCAUAUAAUGGAAGCGCAACGUGGUGGUCGUGGCAGAAAACGUGGGGCGAUUGCUACUCCAGUGUCGCCGCGCAACCGCUCACCUGUUAAACGUCAGCGCUUACAAGAGAUGGAGUCAACACCACAAGCUAUUGUACAACCGAUGCAGGUCAUUGAUAAACCGGAUGCAAACAUGUGUCUGAAAUAUACUUUCGGUGUUAAUGCUUGGAAACAGUGGGUUAUGACUAAAAAUGCAGAUAUAGAAAAAAGUAGUAUAAGAAGGCGCACUUUCAAAACAGAUCUUUUACAAAUGACAGCAGAUGAAUUGAAUUACUCAUUGUGUCUGUUUGUAAAAGAGGUGCGAAAACCGAAUGGUACUGAGUAUGCACCAGAUACCAUCUACUACUUGGUUUUAGGUAUACAACAGUAUCUGUACGAAAAUGGGCGUAUCGACAACAUAUUUACAGAUCCGUACUACGAACGCUUCACUGAUUGCUUAGAUGAAGUUGCAAGAAAAUUUUCGGUUUUGUAUAAUGAUUCACAAUACAUUGUUACACGUGUUGAAGAAGAACAUUUGUGGGAAUGCAAGCAAUUGGGGGCACAUUCUCCACAUGUUCUGCUCAGUACUUUGAUGUUUUUCAAUACAAAACACUUUAAUUUGACUACUGUUGAGGAGCACAUGCAAUUAUCAUUUUCGCAUAUCAUGAAGCAUUGGAAGCGUUCGGCGCAAGCUACCAAAGCACCAGGCACACGUAAUGUCCUUCUACGUUUUUAUCCGCCGCAAGCUGGACUUGAAGCUAAUCCUCGUAAAAAGAAAGUGUAUGAACAGCAAGAGAACGAAGAAAAUCCUCUACGUUGCCCUGUUCGUUUAUACGAAUUUUAUCUUUCAAAAUGUCCUGAAAGCGUUAAAACUCGUAAUGAUGUCUUUUAUUUGCAACCAGAACGUUCCUGUGUGCCGGACUCACCUGUCUGGUAUUCAACGCAAGCCCUUAGUAAAGAAUCAUUACAGAAAAUGUUACAUCGCGUUAAAAUGGUCAAGGAGAUAAACAUUGCGCUCUUGACAAGCUAAUCUAGCAAUUGUUUUAACAUCUCUCACAUUCACACACAAUCAAAUUUAAUGCAAAAAUCUACAUAUAACAGAAACAAUCCAUAAUGAUAAAUGCUUUCAUUGUGUCAGUCGCUACAAGCGUUAGCAGUAAAGCAAAUAAUUCUUUUGACUUUAAAACGUAAUAUUUAAAUGCAAUAAGCAAAUAUAAAAUUCGCUAAUACGAAUUAAUAUAUUAAUAGUUUGACAGUGACAUGUGUAUUUAUUUUAGAAGUCACAGACUAAGGCUUAGCUACAUUUUUAUUGUGUAAAUUUUAAACUAUAACCUGAACUUAAUUAAAUAUUAUGUAUUGUUUUUCGAACUAAUUUUCAACAAAUUAUUGCCACACAAAUUUCAUUGCAGUAUAUCAAAUUAAAAUUUAAAAUAUAAUAUAAAAAAAUUAUGAUGAAUUAACUGUAUAGUCUAAGAUUAGA